GACCUUGAGAUUUUCAGUACCGGGCUUGAAGACCUACGUAACGAACUGUUUCGAGUGCUGUUGGGCCAGCAUAUGUCUGAAGAUGGAUCUACUACGUGGGACGCCAGCGGAUCCGAAACGACACUGGAUAAGCUUAACAAUUUGGAGUCUGCCCUGACAUCUACAUGGAGGGAUUAUCACUUACGACCACACAAACGCAACCGGGUGACUCUUGGAAAUGCCACGUCCGUCAACCUGCGCUUGGACGGCACAUGGAGUUGCGAUGCAAAGAAAGCCGACUCCUUUACUAUAAGGUUUCCUGCUGUCAAGUACGCCAAGGGGCCCGAUUACCUGCAAGAAGCAAUAGUCAAGGUUACACAGAAGAGCCACAUCUCGCGUUCAAAAUGGACCAAUCCCUGUCAGCUAGAACCGCUACAAGGCAAACGCUAUAAAAUGGUCCUCCACAAUGACGGACAGAUCGGCAUGGAACGCGGUGUUCUCAGGUACGAGGACGUCAACGGCCAUGCAGCAGAUGCCUACGAAGUGCUUAAACACGAACUGCACUAUCAUGAAAGAAUUGUUCUUUGCGUGCGGCUAGUUCGUUCGCUGCUUGAUCUUCACAACACUACCUGGCUGCGGGGUGACUGGGUUGUUGAAGAUAUCUGGGUGUACGGCAAAUCGAGCUCCUCGGAACUACAGCUACGCCAGCCAUAUCUCAGGCUGGUUCUCCAGAGCAACCAAAGUGACUCGCCCGUGGACAGUCAGCCGUAG